AUGGGAAGCUCCGUUUUCUCUGUCCUCCUACCAUUGCUGCUCAGCCGAGCUUGGGCAUUGAACCAGGUCGGCGCAGGCAUCCAUUCCUUGCAGUUUUUUGCCACUGCUGUGACCCAGCCUAGUUCGAGGGAGCAUUCCUUCAUCUUUGUCGGCUUUGUGGACGACACACAGUUCCUGUGCUACAACAAUCAGGGGGAAAGUCAGAGAAUGGAGCCGCGCGCUCUGUGGGUAAAGAAUAUGGGGCCCGGAUAUUGGGAGCGGCAGACUAGGAUGGUCAAGGACAUUUCCAAGAAUUCCCUAGUGAACUUGCGGGAGGCCAUGAGUGUCUACAACCACAGCGAGGAUGGCACUCAUGUCUUUCAGUGUGUGUCUGGCUGUGACGUGGGGCCAGAUGGACUCUUCCUCCGUGGGCACGAGCAGCACGCAUACGACGGCCGCGACUACCUCGCUCUAAACAAGGACCUGCACUCCUGGACGGCAGGUGACACAGCAGCGCAGAUCACGCGGCGCAAGUGGGAGGAAGCUGGUGUCGCGGAGCAAAGGCGAACCUACCUGAAGGGCGAGUGUGUGGAGUCGCUCCGCACAUACCUGGAGAUAGGGAAGGAGACUCUGCUAGGAGCAGAUCCUCCAAAAGCACAUGUGACCCAUCACCCCAGCCCUGAAGGUGAUAACACCCUGAGGUGCUGGGCCCUGGGCUUCUACCCUUCUGACAUCACCCUGACCUGGCAGCGGGAUGGAGAAGACCUGACCCAGGACAUGGAGCUUGUGGAGACAAGACCUGGGGGUGAUGGAACCUUCCAGAAGUGGGCAGCUGUGGUGGUGCCUUCUGGGGAGGAGCAUAGAUACACAUGCUGUGUGGAGCAUGAGGGGCUAACUGAGCCUCUCCUUCUGAAAUGGGACCCUUCUAAGCACACCAUCCCCAUCAUGGGAAUCACUGCUGGCCUGGUUUUCCUUGGAGUUGCCUUCACUGGAGCUGUGGUUGCCAUAGCGAUGAGGAAGCAGAGAGGAUGUCGUGUUCUAACUCCUUCUAAAGCACAUUUGGAAAGAAGUGACAAAUACCUCACAUGGACAUGA